UCUUUCACUACAAGUUUGCGCAUGCGCCGAAUGGCGAUAUUUCAGUGAUUAUUCUUUGAAAUAAUAUUUUUUAACCAUGAAAUUUUGUCGUUAGAUGGUAUAUAUUUGAGUAAAGUUUUAGAUAAUCUAAUUUCUCAAUUUAUUCAUUAAAAAAACAGGAUUAAUAAAUUACAGUUAUAAAAGUGAAUAAAGUGUACCAUUGGUGGCCAUUACAAAACCUAAACUUUUUUAUCAGGACAAAUGUCCAUUUGAAAUUUGAUGUUUCGGCGACGUUGUGAAGCUAAUCAUAAAUUACGUUUACCAUUAUUGAACAGUCGAUUCGCGAGUCGCCGAAACAUCUUUAUUGUGGUUACAGUGUGACAAAAAUGAUUUUAAGAUAAAUUCUAAAUAGUGUAGUGUUUGCUGUGUCAAAAGAGAAAUAAAAAUAGCAAUAUAUAUAAAAGUGUCGGGUCUGGAUUGGUGGUGUGUGCAGUGGAAUGGCGAGAUUGCAGUGCAGUGGUUGGAGGCUGUGACAUGGACUACGGCGUGGUGCGGCCCCGACUGACGGUGGGCUCUGGGAGUGAACGGGGGUGUUGGGCUUAGUGCCUGCACAUCAUAACAUAUAUUAUGAAUAAGCGUGAGGGUAACAAGGACAAGGAACGUCAGAGCGACGACAAAAGAACUUCCACCGCGACUGGUGCGGUGGGUGGGCGUGGCGUGGGCGGAAGCAGCGCGAUGCACACGUCGCGACAUUCCGUCACCUCGUCUUCGGGCGUCCUUAUGGUCGGGCCCAACUUCCGCGUCGGCAAAAAGAUCGGCUGCGGUAACUUUGGUGAACUCAGACUCGGGAAAAAUCUCUACAACAAUGAACAUGUAGCGAUUAAAAUGGAGCCUAUGAAAUCAAAGGCUCCUCAAUUACACCUAGAGUACCGAUUUUACAAACUGUUAGGAACGCACGCUCCGUCGACAGCGGAAGGCAUCCCAGAAGUUUACUACUUCGGGCCCUGCGGUAAAUACAAUGCAUUGGUCAUGGAACUGCUCGGGCCGUCGCUAGAGGAUCUAUUCGAUCUCUGCGGCCGUCGCUUCUCUUUAAAGACUGUAUUGAUGAUCGCCAUGCAGCUGUUACAUCGCAUCGAAUAUGUCCACACGAGACAUCUAAUAUAUCGGGAUGUGAAGCCCGAGAAUUUUUUAAUAGGUAGAGCUACAAGUAAAAGGGAAAAAAUCAUUCACAUCAUUGAUUUCGGUUUGGCCAAAGAAUAUAUAGACUUAGAGACAAACAAACAUAUCCCAUACCGGGAGCACAAGUCACUCACUGGGACUGCGAGAUACAUGUCAAUAAAUACACAUUUAGGAAAAGAACAAUCUAGACGCGACGACCUGGAAGCUCUGGGGCAUAUGUUUAUGUAUUUUUUACGUGGUUCCUUACCCUGGCAGGGUUUAAAAGCUGAUACACUCAAAGAAAGAUACCAAAAAAUCGGUGAUACCAAACGAGCGACUCCAAUUGAGGUGCUGUGCGAGGGGCACCCGGAGGAACUGGCCACGUACCUGCGCUACGUGCGGCGACUGGACUUCUUCGAGACGCCCGACUACGACCAGCUGCGGCGGAUGUUCCGCGACCUGUUCGAGCGCCGCGGGUACGUCGACGACGGGGAGUUCGACUGGACCGGCAAGACAAUGCCCGCGAACAUGCACGUAAUGCGUAUAUUACGUAACGCACCGCCGUCAAAUAUCGUUAGAAAUAAAUCGGAUAAGUCUACACCGGUGGGCUCGAUCCAGACUGGUCACGAAAUCGUCGUGUCGCCUAAUCGAGAUAGACAUCAGCCUUUCCACAAGGAUGAUUUGUGUGAUUAUAUGAUUGGUUUGGUUGAGGACGAUGAGGCGGCGCUUAUAUCCGGAGAGGGCGCCGUGAAGGACUCGGGCACCGGCGGCGCGGCCAACACGGGCGGCAACUGGCCGCACAGCGGGAAGGCCACGCCGCUCACGGCGGGGCACCUCACGCCCGCCGACCGCCACGGCUCCGUGCAGCUGUUGAAGAAUAAGCAUUUUCGGUAUGUGAAAUUUCCCGGAUCGGUGUCCACGGUGGUGAGCUCCACGAACGGCGAGCUGGGCGCGGACGACCCGACGGCCGGCCACAGCAACACGCCCAUCACGCAGCACCACGAGGUGGACGUCGUCGACGACACCAAGUCAGUGUUUCAACUACAAUCCAUCUAUUCCAGAUGUUGCUGUUUCUUCAAACGCAAAAAGAAGAAGUGCGCGACGCGCGCGUACAAGUGACGCGUGUGCGCGUGACUGCAGGGUUGCCGACCGCCCCGCCACUCCGCGUGUAUCAUAGAACGAAUUCACUUUGUGUAUUUAUAAUUGCUUCAUUUCAUAUUAUCGAUUCGCACCUUCGAUUGUUUCGAUUUGUAAUGUCCUACAAAACCAGGAGAGAUUUAAAGUGCCCACUUAUGAUUUUAUUCCGUAACAAUGUUGGAUGAAUUAAAUGAAUACUUUUAUGUGUAUCGAUGCAGUUGGAAAAUAUUAUAUUUACGAGUUGGAUUAUAUUUCGAAUAUUCGUGUUCGUAAGUUGGCAACCCUACCUAUAAAGCGUUCGCUCGACCCUUCGAUGUACACGCAUUUAUUUGUUUGUAUGAAUAAGUGCUAAUAGUCGGAGUUAAUUGAUUUAAAAACGAUCAUACCUGUGAUUGCUUUAGACAGAGAAUAAUCUAAACAAUAAGAUAUUGUUAUUAAAUCUUCAUAAUAGAACAGACAUAGAACCAAAAAAGUUUUGCUUAUUAAAAUCCAAGCAACAUGAAACUCCAUUCAGUUUGUCUUACACGUACAUAUCUAAAAUGAUUCAAUUAGAUCCGCUAGUAGGUAUCGUGAAAUCUAGUAAUACCAAACGAAUAUAUUUAUUUUUAUUUCAUAUAUUAUGACAAUUAUAUAAUGAGAAUUCGCUUUGUUUUAUGUUAAAGCAUUACUUCCCUCACACCCGCGGCUCCCUAGUUUAUUAACUUAAUUAUUAUGCGGUAACGUUACUUGAUUACUCGAUGUGUACUUUAUAUAGAAGUCGGAUCACUUGAUAUAUGACUAUAUUUUUGAAAUAGUUUUUGGUUUCGAUUCAAUUCAGUUGGUCAGGCAGCUACAGUUAUAAUAUAUUUAAUAUAAGAAACUGUCUGACGAACUUAUUAAAAAAAUGUAUAUUGACUAUGGUCUAAAUGUUCGUCUCUCCCGUUGGAGUUUCGAGAGACGAGGGCUGAAUAUUUGUUUUAUUAAUAAGGUAGUCAGAGUUUAAAUAAAAUUACCUUCAUGACGUCCAACAUAAAUGUACAAUAACCACUAAAAAGAUCAACUAUACAUAAAUAAUUGAUAAACAGAUUAUUUUUGAUUACGCAAUCUUUUCUCAGUUUUACAAUAAUUGGUAUUAUCGCUUAGGGUAAAUAGUUAUUUUCUAAAUUUCGAUACUACUUUGUACCAGUUGGUGAAUUAGAUGAAAGUUAAAAUCUAAAUCGGCAUAGUUAAUAAUCAUUUGUUAUUUAUUAUAUAAUCGAUAUUUUAUGUUUUGAAAUCGAAGUCGAAAUUUAAAUAUUGUAAUGAUUCAUAAUACCGAAAUUCUCGUUACAAUUAUACAGUAGGACCAUAGUGCUCCAGGCUUAUACAAUAGUGGUCGUCAACGGUUCGCCGAACGAUACUGUUAACCCAAAGACAAAACUAGAGCUGUACGUGAUCGCUAAGCAGCGUCACAGACAUAAAUAAAGUAUCUCAGUUUUGUUUUCGAUGUUCACAUUACAUUGGUGAUGUUAUAUAUAAUUUCAAACAGGGAUUGCUCCAUAUUGUACAUAAUGUAUUCGAGGUGCGGUUGGCUUCAUAUUUGUGUUCCCGUCCGUAGCUAUUUACUUUCAUCUUAAACCUCACGAGGUCUAUUUAUUCGUCUCUGCGCGAGACUCGAGAUUGUCUUUACCUCACUUCUCACUCAUCGGAGUACCAUUCCAGAUCAUGAUUUAUAUUGAACAAAUCGAACUAUACAUUUAUCAUUUUUCAUGAACGGCCGUAGUUUUAACAUUAGAUGUAUCGCUUCCCUUUAAUUAGUGAUGCGGUGUGGGUACACUGCGAGUUCAUUAUUAUAGUUUCCGUCGAGUGUAAUUAUACGAUUUUGUUACGUAAGUAAUGAAUUACCAUAGCGUAGAUAUCGUGACUACUGAGUUGUGUGUUGUUGGAAUUGUCUGUCGGGCGAUGUGUUGGUCAUUUGCCACCGACGGAGCGGCUGUGAUGUGAUAUUAUUUUGAUGGGUAAUAUCUUAUUGUCAUUUGAAAAGUAUAAGACGGAUGUGCACGAGUUUGAUUAAUCAGUACCGCAUAAACGUUCGUUUCAACACAUUGCCCGUACUUUGCAUAUUCUAGAUAUAAUUUUAUUUAGUCAUUGUCUAUUACUAAGUUCAGUUUGUGCGAGAAACAAUUAUUAUUAACGUAUUUAAUCGGCUCCGUUCCUAUAGUGACGCCACGUAACGACCUAUGUUAAUUUAUGCCUACACGAUAGUUUUAGUGAGUGAUAAUUUGAAUAUACAGUUUCAUGCAAUAAACGAGAGGACGAUCUUAUUUCCAUUACUUUGUUUGUGGCAAACGAUAAUGUCGAUCUAAGUAUGAUAUAUGAUUCGUUAUUUGACGUAAAUUUUAUAUAUAACGUGCAAUAAUUUAUGUAUUAAUUCAUUACAAUAGUUUAAAAGUAUAAUUUGUUUCAAUCGGAUUCCCGAGAGAUGUCGCUGCACUGUCCCACAAGACUGACUGAAACGUCAUCUCAUGUAUUUAAACGUGCUCGGCUCGUGUCAAUUUAUAUUGUAAUGUUUUUAUUUAAUAUUAAUAUAGCGAGGAGUACAUUUAAAGUUUCAUAGGCUGCGGUCGGCCGGAACGGGGGGCAUUCCAAGAUAUCAGAGUUUAUCGAAAUUCAGUCAUUCCUCGAUACGACCGCGGCUACAUUUCACGCUGUCUUGAACGAGAGAUACAUUUUAGGAUUUAGUAUCGAACUGUGAAUAGACUGAGUAAAUAAUAUCACCGGUCGCGCCUCCUGCACCGCGAGCGGCUCCCGCCGCGCUCGCUGCGUUGUACGUUGAUAGUGUAUAAAUUGUACAGCUUAGAAAAAACACGUUUGUAUAUUUUUGCUUUGAUACGACGUGGCAAAGAUUCGUAUCGCGAAUUGCGUAGGAUAAGGUUUGCAGGUGUGAUUAUUGAGCUGCGGGACGCCGUCGUAGUGACCGCAGUCGCCGGAGACUCGCCGCCGCCGCCCGUAGGUCGCUCCGCCGUAGCCAAAGUUUACACGAGGGAGAAGCAAAUGUAAUUGCAAUUUGGCAUUGAUGGCAAAUAAAAUAAAGGCAUAGCUUUAUAACAUGUUGAUAAAUAUAUUUUUAAAAUGUUACUGAUGUUAUUAGAAUCCAUACUGUAACGAACAGUGUUUAUUUAUCGAGACGGGCGGUAGUACCGUUAGGGCCGCGGCGGCGAGCCCCGCGACGUACCUCGUCCCGGUACCUCGAUGUGGCCUAUUUGAUGUGAUACGGGGCGUCCGUGCGUUAUCAGUUUGUGCGGCGAGAUAAGUAUUGCCGAUCGCAUUGGAGUUUUUGUAAAGUAUUUUUUAUUAGUCACGGAUAUGUAGUCAUCACAAAAUUGUAUCCCCCCUAAUAGUCUUAUUCAUUUGGCUAAGUAAAGGUUGACAUGUUUUUUGAAUAAAUAAUGAAAAAAAAACCAUCUUGUUGUGUCGUUUUCAUAUUUUUAGAGAAAGUAUAGAAUGCAAUUAUGUAUAAACUGAAAAUUUUAAAAAAUCUGAGUUUUUAUAUAAUAUUGUAAACAAAAUUAUUCCCCUCGUUGAAUAGAUCGUAAAUACUUAUUGUACACGUUGCAGUAUAACCGAAUGUAAUAAACGUAAGUCUUAAAAUUAUUAAUAGUUGUACCUAAUUGUUACUUUCUAUUUGCUAGAUAGAAUAAUCAAAUUAGAGUGGAUAUCGAAAGUCAAAGUCAAAUUGUGUGAUCUCUAAACGCAAAGAUUGUUCUGCGUGUGUGAGCGGCGUGAGGAUCGAAAGACGAGCGUGGAGUUCGAGCGACCGAACCGCCACGAACCUCUACAGCGCGGAUACCUGAUCGCAUUCGGCUAGCUUCAUCCUAUCACAAACAACAUUUUAAGCACCAUUUAAUUAAUUUCAUACUUCAAAUAAAAUUUUGAUGUGAAUGGAAUAUACAUGGGUAUUUAUUGUAAAGACUGCACCUGAUGUAGAGGUGCGUGGUUUGCCGGCAGAGGGCGUUCGCCACGUAUUGUACUGUGUAGUUAAUUUAAAUUAUAAUUUUUAAAAAUUUCGCUUACUAAGUAAGUCAUAUUCUGUCGGCCGGCUUGAGGACGCACGAGGAAUGUUUUGAGCUAGUUAUUAACUUUAUGUAUUAUAAUACAUGAUGCUUUUGAAACUGAAUUGAAUUCUUAUUGUUAAGUAUAUAAAUAAAUAUUCAUUAUCAUAGAAAACAGUUCUCUGUGUUUAAUUUUUUUUCUGUAACAUGUACAUUUGCAUACGCAAUUUGACUUAUAUUCAGUUAAGGUCACAACCUGUUUUCAAAAAUACGAAAAUAUUUGUUAACUCAUAAUUAAAUAAAGCUUAUUAUAAGAUA